UACAGCCAUGAAAAAAGCCCAAUUUAACUGCACGCACUGCUCUGACGGAAUCAACGAUCAUCCUCAACCUCACAAACCAAGCUGCGCUACUCAAAAUGCGACCACAAUCACGCCGCCGUCAAAUUCCGGCAUUAUCCACACUCUGGUAAUCACGAUUCAUUCAUCUCCUUCACAGAUUAUGGCUCCAAUUCACUGUUCAUAGCAUUUCACUGCCUAUUAUGGACACUCUCUUUGUCCCCAUCACCUUCUCCAAACCUAUUCAUUCUUUACUCACCCGCACCACCAACGCCGGAGCUCGAUCCAGGAUCGGACCUGUUUCCUGCUUCUCCCUGCGUUCUUCUGUAAUUCGGCUCAAGCGCUUCCGUUGCGCUGCCGAUGCCUCCGAUCACCGGCACGGCCACCACCACCACCACCAUAGCUGUCAGCACCAUUGCGGUGGUGACGGUGAUGGAGUGGAGCUGACUGGAGCUCAGAAGGCGUUUGUUCGAUUUGCCGAAGCUAUUAGGUGGACGGACUUGGCGAAUUAUUUGCGGGAGCAUCUACACUUAUGUUGCGGUUCUGCUGCUUUGUUUAUCACUGCGGCUGCAUGUCCUUAUUUGGUGCCUAAACCUGCUGUGAAGCUUCUACAGAAUGUUUUCAUUGCUGUUGCUUUCCCUUUAGUCGGGGUCUCUGCUUCUCUUGAUGCUCUUACUGAUAUAAGUGGUGGGAAAGUAAACAUCCAUGUACUAAUGGCCCUUGCAGCCUUUGCAUCAAUAUUUAUGGGGAACCCCUUGGAGGGAGGACUACUUCUUGUGAUGUUUAAUCUGGCUCAUAUUGCUGAAGAGUAUUUCACAAAGCAAUCAAUGACUGACGUUAAAGAGUUGAAGGAAAGUCAUCCAGAUUUUGCCCUUGUUCUGGAUAUGAAUGAUGAUAACCUUCCUGAUACUUCAGAUCUGGAGCAUCGAAAGGUGCCCGUGCGUGAUAUUGAAGUGGGCUCAUAUAUCAUGGUGGGAGCUGGUGAGUCUGUCCCCGUAGAUUGUGAGGUUUAUCAUGGUUGUGCUACGAUCACUGUUGAGCACUUAACAGGAGAAAUCAAACCAUUGCAAAUAAAGGUUGGGCAAAGAGUACCAGGUGGAGCAAGAAAUUUGGACGGUAGGAUCAUAGUGAAGGCUACAAAAACAUGGGAAGAGUCAACACUUAGCAGGAUUGUGCAGUUGACUGAAGAAGCACAACUUAAUAAACCAAAACUACAGAGGUGGCUUGAUGAAUUUGGUGAGAAUUACAGCAAAGUGGUUGUAGUUUUAUCUGUGGCUGUUGCCCUCAUUGGACCAUUAUUAUUCAAGUGGCCCUUUAUUUGCACACCAGGUUUCAGAGGAUCAGUUUAUAGAGCGCUUGGGUUCAUGGUAGCCGCAUCACCAUGUGCACUGGCUGCAGCUCCAUUGGCAUACGCUAUUGCAAUAAGUUCAUGUGCAAGAAAGGGUAUACUUCUGAAAGGUGGACAUGUGCUUGAUGCUAUGGCUUCUUGUGACACCGUUGCAUUUGAUAAAACCGGGACAUUGACUACAGGAGGACUUGUAUUUAAAGCCAUAGAACCCAUUUAUGGGCAUAAGAUUGGAGGCGAUAAUUCACAUUUGGCUUCCUGUUGCAUACCCAGCUGUGAAAAAGAAGCCCUUGCUGUUGCAGCUGCCAUGGAAAAGGGUACUACUCACCCAAUUGGAAGAGCUGUUGUAGAUCAUAGUGUGGGGAAAAACCUUCCUUCUAUUUCUGUUGAAAGUUUCGAAUAUUUCCCUGGAAGAGGUCUCAUCGCAACUUUGCAUGGCAUUAAGUCAGGAAUUGGAGGUCCAUUGCGGAAAGCAUCCCUUGGUUCUGUGGAUUUCAUCACUUCCUUUUGCAAGUCCGAAAACGAAUCAAGGAAGAUCAAGGAAGCUGUUCGAGCAUCAUCAUAUGGAAGCGAAUUUGUUCAUGCUGCUCUUUCAGUUGAUCAGAAGGUAACACUGAUUCACCUCGAGGAUCAGCCUCGAGCUGGCGUCUUAGAUGCAAUAGCAGAACUACAAGAUCAGGCAAAACUCCGUGUUAUGAUGUUAACUGGUGAUCAUGAUUCAAGUGCAUGGAAAAUUGCAAAUGCUGUGGGAAUAGAUGAAGUUUACUACAGUCUUAAGCCUGAGGAUAAACUUGCUCAUGUGAAGGAAAUUUCGAGGGAGAAGGGUGGUGGUCUGAUCAUGGUAGGCGAGGGUAUAAACGAUGCACCUGCACUUGCUGCAGCUACUGUAGGAAUAGUUCUUGCCUGUCGUGCAAGCGCGACUGCUACAGCUGUCGCGGAUGUCCUUCUUCUUCAAGAUAGUAUUUCCGGUGUUCCAUUCUGUAUUGCCAAAUCUCGUCAGACGACUGCGCUGGUCAAGCAAAAUGUUACCCUUGCCUUGUCGUCUAUCCUUUUAGCCUCUCUCCCAUCCAUUUUGGGGUUUCUUCCCUUGUGGCUAACGGUCCUUCUACACGAGGGUGGUACUCUCCUGGUUUGCCUGAACUCCAUUCGUGCUCUAAAUCAUCCCUCAUGGUCAUGGAAGCAAGAUUUUCAAAAUCUGAUCCACAACGCCAGAUCUAGUCUGCACACCACGCCCGAACCUAGCUCAGGUACCAUCCGAACUGCAUCAUCAUAACAUAAAAAUCGAAAAUUAUAGUUUCCUUGCCUAGGUAAGCCAUGAUCUUAACCAAAACUCACAUUCAUAUAUAUAUUUUCAUUGUUACUUACCUUUGGAUUUGUAAAUUAUACUAUAUGUACGAAUGCUAUUGUUAUACAGUCAGUUGAAAUAAUAUGUAGUUUUGUGGUGGGUCAUGUAAGCCAAAAUUUUGUAACCAUUAGUAAUCUCCAACCAAGUUCUAUUCU